AUGGAGUCGCCGAGGCAUUCGUGCUUGAAGCUCGAGCUCCCAAAUCCUACCAAGCCCGACAAGAUCGAGCCGAUUUUCAUCAAGGCCACAUGGUACGACACCCACUUCGGCCUCUCCAUCAUGAACGGCCUCGACUCUUGGGUCUGCAAAGCAUCGGAGGAAGAAGUGAGGGAACGAGCGGUUCACCGACGCCAGAAACAGGCAGAGAAGAAACUUGCCACGACCUUGCCCUUUAUCUGCCUGAUCUAUCGAGUUUUGCAGUUAUCAUGGACCUUCGAGAAGGAAGGGACAAAGCUGGAAUGGCGAUGGAAACGCCAACCAUCACCCAAUCCUAAAAAGACCAAUUCAGGAAUCUUGAACUUUCUUAUGGACGCAAACAUAAGGCUCAGCUUCCUUAGUAUCUUAAAUUCGAAGAAAGAGAAACUAAGGGAGCUUCGAGAGCAACUUUUCAAGGCAGGUGGAAAUGGUGGGAAAUCACCAGAAGUCGACGAGGAAUCCAUGGAAAAGACAGAUCCUUUUGAGGAGGGAAGUGACAGUGAGGUAGAGACCGUAAAGAGCGGCACUAGGACAUCAGAAGAUGUCCAGAUGGGUAAAUCUCGUGGCCGGAAGAGGAUUGCAUUGAAAUGA